UGGCUGCAGAGGGUCGCCCAGGAGCCGCCCCUAGGCCCGGCCUCGCAGCCUGCCCUGCCCCUGGCGGUGGUGGCUGUGGAGAGGUACCUGGGCGAAGGCCCUGGGGCAGCCGUCUCGCCCCCUGCCUGCCCCCAGUACCGCUACGAUGUGACCCUGGCGGACAGCGCCUGCCAGCGCCAGUGCCACCUGGCACCCCCCCUGCACCACCUGGUGCAGCGUGGCGCCCUGCGGGCUGGUUGCCAGGUGCGCGUCAAGCGCUGCUCCUACCUGUACGAGGAGCGGCAGCUGGGCCACGGCUUCCUGUGCCUGGAGCAGCUGGAGGUGGUGGGCGACCUCCCGGCUGCGGCCCCGGGCUGGAGGGCGCCACCCGCCGAGAGCCGCCAGCUGCCUCUGAAGGGUGGGAGGAAGCAUUUCCUUCCCCUGUGGAACAACGAGGACCCGUAUGGUGACCUGUGGGUGGUCGAGAAGCCACCAGGCCAGGUCGACGUCGAGGCAUCCAAAUUAAUUUCCCUUGGUCAUCUGGAAAUGAGCUGGAGAAACAGAAUUCACUUCCGUCCCUUGCUUGUGAGAAUCAUGCACAAAUCUAGACUGAGGUACUAUGGGAAACCUGACAAAAGACUGGACGUUCCAUAUCAGGCUUAUUUUGAAGUUGCUGACAGUUCAGGCAUGAUGUCAAUGGUUUUGUGGAAUUCCUUAUGUCCUGAAUGGUAUAACAGUAUGCAGGUUGGCACAGUGCUUCUACUUGAACAGUAUGCUAUCAAAACCAGUUAUCCAUUUAAAACACAGCCAACCCCAGGGGAUUCACAGAUGAAGAGAUUUGCUACAAUUGAAAUCAGCCUGAAUGUUCGAGAUCCUCCAACAAAAAUUACUGUUGUUCCGGAAUCAAUAGUUAAACCAGAAUGGAGAUUACCUGAAGUUAAAUACCGGUUUAUAACUAGGUCAGAACUGGAUAACUUACCAAACAGUCAUUCCUGUGAUGUAAUUGGCCUUGUGACAUUUGUGGGACGGACAGAACGGACAAAAAAGAAAGAACAUGGUGAAGAUUUUUGGACAAGCCGCUGGGUACAUGUUAUUGAUGGGACCUCAAGUCAUCCAUUCAUACUGGAAUUGUUUGCCACAUCUCAGCCAGAUGUGUUUGAACAUAUUCACCCAAUGAUGUACUUAGUGUGUACACAGAUGAGAGUGGUACGAAACAUCACUGAACAUCCAUUACCCAUUUACCUUACAACAUCGAAUGAGAGUCAGAUAUUCGUUACAGGGUGGCACAAAGGUCAACCAUAUACCAAGGAUACCAAAGUGAAAAACUUUAUUAGGUGGAUUAAAACUCAAAACGAAGCUGAUCAAAUGAAGAAAACUGUCAUUGGUGGAUAUUACCCUUUUCCACCAUUGCCAAAUACCUUUCUGGAAUACUGUAAAAACAAUAGAAGUAUAAAUAAAGUUGAAUCAGUCUUGAAAACCAUAAGUGAAAUGGAGAGGGAGCUUGAAGACUUGCACUACAGGGAGCACAGGCGCUUCGCUAUUCAGGGAAUAAUUAGUGUUAUAAGAUAUGUCAGCUGUAGCAGUGCAGCUCAAGAUGCCUCAGGAGUGGAACCAGUUCAGCCACCAUCUAAGACUACUGUAAAGGAUUCUAAGAUGUCCGAAGAGGAUCUUGUUAACAAGGGGAAAGACAGAAAAUGUGAAGGCAAAGAAGUUCCCAACUCACAGUGUGCUCCCCUUGAACAGCAUCACCAUGCAACUGUGUUAACCAGAAAGAGUCCUGUCAAGAGAAAGAUCAUGCAUUGUCUAGAGGUUGAACAGAAAAGGGACAUUGCUGUUCCUGUGUCUUCAUGCCCAUAUUUCACAAGAUCUGCAAGGAAAAAAGGCUGCUUGGAUGAAUUUCACCAAGAAGAUUCUAUGCAUGAAAACAUUAGACUGGCUGUGCCGGAUGCUUCAGAGUCCUGUACUGACAAGGAAGGAAGGAAUGACACACCUGAAAUAGAAGAGAUGGGAAGGACUUGUGAUUCUUGGCAAAGUGAUCUGUGGACGCGGGUGAAAGACAAAUUAACAGAACGCUUACAUCACAGCACUGUAUUCCCAGAAAGCAUCCCGCAUAAAUUUGAUUAUACACACAAAGAUUUCCUUAUGCAGCAAUGCAACCUUCAUCCAGCAAAGCAUAAACCAAAAGAAUACAAAACAAAUAUGGAAAGCCAUGAUUUUAGCAGCACUGGCCAUUAUGAAGUGACAAUACUGGGUAUAAACCAUGAUGUAGCUAUUGAUAUUGCAUUCUUACCUCUACUUUGUCCUGAAUAUCCCCAUUUAUUUCAAAUGGAGAAUAUUCAGAAUGAUGCAUUAUUAUCCUGUAUGAAUUGCAUCUCUGUGCAGCAACAGGAGACCACCAGCAAUGAAAGACCUUGUGACUUGUCUCCACUUCCAGAUGAAAUUGUAAAAGCAGCAGCUGACCUAGACAAACAGCAUGUCAUCUGUAUCUUGGACAUCUGUCAUUUGGGUGAAGAUAAAGUAGAAGUCUUUCUGAGCAAAAUCUAUAAGAUAACGGAGCCUGGUGUGGUGACCCCUGUGUAAUUUAAAAAAUAAAUUAUUUUGAUAUUUGUCAAAGUUAAGCAUUUAAAGUAUUAUGAUGUCUUAUGACAGAACAUGUGUAAUGACAGUCAAACUAUUACAAAGGAAGGCUUGGUCCUUUGUGUCUGAAAGCAUUAGAAAGUGUUACAAACAUGGUUGGUUGCUGUUGCUUUUGUAUAUAUUGCAUUGGAUGAAUCAACGUCUGUUGGCACCCAACUGACAGAUUUAUUUUUUUAUAUAUAUACAUUCAAUAAUUAAGCAAACAGACUGGCUGAGUAAUGGAAUAUUGAAACACAUUCUGUUGGCGUUCGAUGGGACUGGUUUGCACAUAUGCAGCAGAAGAAUUGGAUUUAAAGCACUGAAGUGAUCGUCCAUAGCUCAUUGGACCCUACCGUCGUUGCUGUGUGGCAGCUUGUGGGCUUGCUCAUGUGAAAUGUUCUCAGUUUAACUCCAGGAGAAGAAGUUGCUGUCACACAAACUGACCAUGUGAAUUGCCCCAUUGCUUGUUGUUUUGGUUUGGUAGAGCCCAAGAAGCUACUUUUGGUGAGAAACAGAAUUAUGCUUUAUUCUGUGGAAAAUAGAUUUGAGAGAGAGGUUGGCUAGCUGGUGGGGAGAAACUGGCCCUGCUGCCGACAACUUUUCUGUGGGUAGACAACCUCGAUCUUCAGUGGUUUCAGUUCUGCUGUCUAAUAUAAAUUACUUAAAAUAAACACGGCAUUACUUCUCUGCAUUUAGUGUAUUAUAAUCCGGUAACUAGAUGUGCACUUAAUAUAUUAUGAUGGAUAGCUACAUACCUGGGGCACCAGGUCUAAGUUUGAAAAUGUUGUCAGUGUACUUAAAGCAUCAUCCCUGCUACAGGUAUGUGUUACAAUUUUUAAAAAAUCUGCUAACAGUGUUGUUUGUGAGUAAAAGUUGUUAUUUGGGUAGACCAUGUAUUUUUUUUCUUUCUGUUUUGCAUUUUAUAUUUUAAGUACAAGAUAUAAUGUAGGCUCUAGGGUUAAGAAAGAGACUAGCCUCCAAACUGAGCCAUGCUGACUAUGCCAGCAGAUUUUUUUUAACUAGCUGCUAUUCAGAUAGAAGUCUAUUUUUAAGGAAAACUUCUAGAUCCAAUUUGUAAGGUAAUCAUGAUUUUUUGCAAUAGAAACGAUACACCAGACCUUUGUACAGAGUUGCUAUGGUAUGCGUAGUUCUCAUAACUCCCCUUUGAUGCAGUAUAGCCUAGGAAAGUGCUGCAUGGCUCUUAAAGUAUUAUGCUAUUCAAAAAGGCUCAGGACAAAAUAAAAAGAUAGUGUACUAUAGGUUAGCAAAAAGCUGUUUUGCAAAGGUUCCUUUUUGUUUCACUAUUUAUUUCAUUCAGUGUUGCUAAUAUUAAGAAACUAAAGUCAUAUCCAUCAUGAAACUCCUUUAAAAUCAUAAUGCUUUGUCAUAUCUCUCAUACCCCAGGAUCACACAGGGCUUUGUAGAACCUAUGCAUAUUGAAGGAAUCUUUUUUUCACUGCUGAAAUAAAGAUACUGCUGAGUUUAAAUAUCA